AUAAUAAUGAGAAACUCUUUCUAGUUCUACAUCUACACGUCGACGUCGUCCACAUCCUCCAUUGGUUGUUCAAUUACAUGAAUAUUACCUCCUAGAUCCAUUUCCAUAAGGACGUGGUUCUCGUUCACCACUAAAUUUCGACUAGUAGUGUUUUUACGAGGUGAGUGGGCUGUCAGUCCGAGUCUGUCUCCGUGCUUGCCGUGUUUUCGCUUUGGGAGGACGAUGGUGCCUGCCUUCUGCCGAUCGAUAGCGGCUGACGUGAUGGAGAACUAAACGGCGCGUUCGGAGGAGGUGAGAGGAGACUUCUUCCUCUAGUUGUUCUUUGUAGUAAGGCUUGCUUGAGUAAGUUGCUUGGCAGGCGGUCUCACUCAGCUAGGAGCUGCAGCCUUGCCACAUUCGAUUGUCGCUGCUCCGUUCAUCCGGGAAUUCUCUUCGGAUCAGCGAAUCAUCACUCAGCAUUAAUCAUGAGCACGGAAUCGACUACAAUAAGUCGAAGCGAAACGCCGGCUCCGAUGAGGGUCGUCAUAUUACAAGCGGAGACUCAGAGUCUCCACGAACGCGAAAACGAGUCCUCCAGCUUGAAGAGUUAAGCUGACGUCCUCGAUGAUCCUUGAUUACUCAGUACUGCUAGGUCUCUUCCGAUUCAGUGGAUCAUUGUUCGGAUCUUCAAGUAUAACCAGAAGGCGAGGAAAUGCUGUGUGUGGUAGCAAUGUAGAGAGAAUAAGAAGAAAUUCGCAAUCCCGUGCUGGCCCCUUCCAGGUUCUGUAAUAUUGCUGACCCCCGCUUAAAGAGCAACAGACACGCUAUUUCUGUCGCUAAGGAUAAGCGACAACGUGCAGCAUUGACGACGUCGGCGAGUCAGCGGCUGAUGUGUGUGGUGGUCAUGGCGCGGGUAUUGACGAAUCGCGUGAAACAGGCCGCGAGGAUGCAGCAUUCGACAAUAUCAAUGCCGUCAAUAUUGAUCAGCAGCAUCAAUAUAUGGAAGAGCCAGCGAAAACGGCUUUCUCCACGGAUUUGAUGAAGCUGAACGACUCGACCCGUGUCGGAUAUUAUGAAGCUUCUCUAUCAUGUCUAUUUUCCUGAUAAAAUGUAGAUUCCGCGUCCCAUAGUUUGUGAUCAUAUAAUGAUGUGUAAUCGCCACUCGGCAAGGUGCUCCACUAUCGCCACUCGCUCGGAACGUAGAUGCAUGGGAAUUUCUAUGGUGCAGGGUAGGUGCGCCGACCACGUGCGUAGCCGCUGAAAUAUUCGAACCGCCGAGUGACUGUCACACUCACACAGCUUGAUGUUGAAAGUGUAGCACAAACGCUCGCUAAUUUCACCCGCAGCUUACUCUUGACGGUGUCGAGAAGACAGCAGCUGCCGGGGCUUUUUCUGCGCAUCGUGCGUCGAACCCCUUCCCAGUUCAAAUAGACGAAGAGCUGAAAGAAACCCUUACCAUUGCAAGCUCUCACGAAGAAAGCCCGGAGGAAGUGACUAGUACUAAAAAACAUGAAUUUGCUAUAGCUAUUCAAAGUCCUCGUCCUCCACCCGUGAUUAAUAAAGAUCAUUUCUUUAUUGUUCCAAAUACUGAUGGUGAUGGUGGUAAAGCAUCACACUACCAUCAGUGAAUGAGUAUAAGGAGGAUUGCCUCCAAUGAUCACCGCAAGUGCAAAGGCAAUGGAAGCCCAAGAUGAACGGCAAUCUUCGUUUUAUUCGUUCCAAGAAUUAUCAGGUACUGAAAACCGCAAAGAAUUCUGCGCGUCCCCCGUCGAUGGCCUCAUGUUUGCCGACAACGGAGCAGAUCAGCAGUGCAGUGACACCACAAAAACCGAGUAUUUAUUCUAGUCCCAAUCUUGUUUCUUGAUUAGCCAACAUGUGUUUACGUUGGUAGUUUUCUAUUUUUUAGGUGGUGGAGAAGGAGAUGAUACUUAUCAAAGGGCGCCUGUUAUUACACGGAUACAACUGAUCAUGAAGGAAAUGAGAAUGUCUAUGUCAAUGUUGAUGUCAUAAAAAUCUUGAUUCCUGUAGCAGUGUUUUCAUCGUCAUCCAUCUCCUCGACGACACUAUCCAUUCUAUUUAUUAUAUCUACAGCAGCAUCAGCGGAAAUUCACCAGAACUUAUGGAUGAGGCAGGUUUUGACACGCGACUCGAUAUUCAUAGCACGCCAACCACAGAAGGUUUGACCUUUUGUUUAAAUUUUGCUGUGUGCGUCUCCCUUUGAAUUUGAUUUUUUGAGUGUAAAUAAAGUAAAUGUAAUAAAUAGUACGAAAGAAGUAGUUCUUGUAGAAGUAACUCCACUCCUGUUCGUGUAAGUAAACCACGGAUGAAAACACGGCCUCUACGAGUAUGAUUAGUGAGAUUCACUUUUCUCAUCAUAGGACAUUCGCAUAGUGACCACUAUUCCCAGGUCCCCCUAUGAAUGGAAGUGUAUCUUCGGAAAAGCGAACGCCAGACGAAAAAAACGGUGAUGGUUCGCGUAGCCAACGACAGCUAUGCAGAUCAUAGUGUUGUACCGUCAAUCAUGCAAGAACAGGACAGAACUAAGAUUAGACUUAGAGUACGAUAUUUUUUCUUACAAUGAUGUCGAUUUUGUCCUACUUUGUUAUCUGCUCAUGAUAAGCAAAUGCAGAUGGUACUAAACUAGAUAUUUCUAGUUCUGCGUCGUGAUCUUCCUCGAUGCCAGAUGUACAAGAAAGUCUUUAGGAAGUACUAGUAGUACUAGCAGCUCCUACUUGAUUUCCUGGAACCAUGUCAGAUUGAUUUUGAGGUAGAACAAAGAAGGAAGUCAACAUUGAGUCCUCGCUCUAAGCUUGAGCAGAUCGCGCACUCCACAACGCGAACGGAAACGCCUGGCGCUUGAUGAGCUAAUUCAUUCCACAGGAGUUCUCCCACCUCCGCCGCGGAGAGGAAAGAACGAGGACGCCACAAACAAAAGUAUGGCCUGCAAAUAUCUCUAUUUUCUUGUCCUACUUGCUGUAUUUUUCGAACAAGCUGAAUAUAGACCGAGAUGAAAACGUUUGUAUCAAAUUUAGAUUGAUUUUUCUUGGAUAUCGGAGCCUGAGCCUGAUGAAGACAGAAGGAGGUGCUAGGGCUAGUAAUAGAUAAUCAUAAUCUAAAUCUUAAUCACACUCACGACACCAUGACCAUUUCCAUCACCUUCUACUUCUUCUAAGAAAAGUGGAGGCUCCGGGUCUUCUGACUCACCUCCUAGUGGUCUCCAGAGCGGCGAGGAAAGAAAGGUACAACUAGUUUUCAGAAAGUCUACUUCUACGAUUCAGGAUGAAUCAACGAUAGAUAUGCAUAUGUUAUAGUUUUCUUUGAUUGUUCUGGGACUUUUAGCUGUAGGACGGAGAAACCCACGACGCAGAUCUAUCAACCUCCCCAUUUCCAGGGCCCUUUGCGGAGAGGUGGGACGGAGUCCAAUAAUUGGAGAAAGCGAUCAACCUCACCGCGACCACUACGAUCCAAUAGGAAUCAGCAAGAGCGAGGACAGCAAGAACGGGACCGCGACGUUCUUCCAUAUCCCAGCGGGAAGGGCAGCAGUAAUAUUCGAUGUUCUACUAGAUAUUGCCAUUCUUGGUUUUUGGAUGGAACUAACUACUGACUUGUCCACUAGGUUGUAGAAGAAGCCAACCCAUCCAAAUAAACCCGCAAAAUCAGCAUACGUUAUCUUACGAAAGAUCGUUGUUUGAAAAUGAAAACAUUAUCAGGACAUCGCGAGCGUGAGCACAGUGAGCGGGAGAUGGCACCUGCGUGGUCAUUGAAAGGAACAAAGGGAAGUAGAUACGGCAAGGGAAUGGGCUACAGAGGCAAAGAAUUCUGGUGCGAGAAGGGUGGUCGAGGUGGCGACUACUUCUUGGGAUUCAACUACGGAUCCUCUGGAUAUGAGUACUUAUGUUGUCUAUUAUUUCAUCGACAUGAUCUCCUGGGUUUUGUCUUACCAAUACCUCUAGUUUUUGCAUUCGACUCGUUUCAUGCUCAAGCUUGCAGUUCAUGAAGCAAAAGGAAUAUCGUCAUUUGCCGGCCUCAGUGAGAAUCGUCAACGGCAAGAAUACGCAACAUAAACUACAGGUGGAGAGACCACCAGCGGCGCAUGCUGAUGAAUGGCAAGGACAGCAGGGAGAGUGCGAAUUUAUUGUCAGGUUUGAUGAAAGGAAAGUCACACCUUGUCGAAACAGCAUCUUCCACGGGUCGGAGCAGACAUUUACGAUUAUUGACACCUUCCUCGUUCCCUACCUCUUUGGGGUUAGUUGCAAAGUUUGAAAUCUGAUGCAAAUCAAGACAUCGUAGCUCCAUGAUCGCGAUGUAUUUUCGGAAGUGAACCACAUGGAGUGAGGGACUUCUACCCUAGCUGGCUUCUAUCCUCUUCCAAAAAACUACAACUAGAAGCAAUUCGGUCUUUUUUUUUCUAAGUAGGCACACCAUGGAUCACCGUGAGAGGGGUGGGAGAUUCAGCGAUCCGAUGGCAAUCUUACUGAACUUAAGGCUUAAAGUAACUCAGCUUUAGAAGCAUCUUUGUCCCCUUUUUUAAGGGGGAAAUACGUCAAAGAUGCUUUCCAAGAUGAAUAUCAAAUUUAGAAAAGUUUAUUCCUUCUCCAGAAUUGAAUCGGUGGGCACGGUUGGCACGCUGGGCGACCACGAAGCGCGUCCUCUGCCAAAUAUUUCGCCCACCGUGCGCCCACCAUGAGAUCGGGGGCCAAAAAUCAGGGCGCCUUUGCUUUGGGUGCCCAUUUCUCUAUCCCCCUGGAAUUGUAAGCGCAUGCAUCUUGGAUCCGCAGAUAGCUGCGCGCCUACUUACGGCUCGGGGCGCCCACUUACUGGUACCCUUCAGCAGCGCCGCACACUGCAACAGAGCACUGCACACUGCAGCGCUGCGCCGCACUCUACACACCCCGGCGGCACUGUAUACAGCAGCGAAGCAUUGCAAGCAGCGAGAACGUGACCACUCCGCACAGGAGCGCAGCGCCGCGCAGCCCUCGCCUGCGGCCAAAUAGAUUGAUUGACGGAAGCAGCGGGGUAAAGCCAUACGCGCCCAGCGUGCGGCCACCGUGCCUCUCAUGUGUGCCAAGGGUCCGCCCACCGUGCCAAGCGUGGCCGCCAAGCGGCCCAGCGUAGCCCAGCGUGCCCACCUUCCCACCGUCUAUAAACUAUUCGGAAUUAUAUGUAAGCUCUAAUGAACCAGUCUCCUAGUGAGUUGCGAGAAGCGGAGCGUCUAGCUGGGCUCCUGCCGCAAACGGCAAUGGAUUCGCGUCCACCGGCUGGAGCAGAGAAUCGGGAGAGUCGCCGGGAUCAACGCCCUGGGCGCGAGGGCUGGAUGCACGACUGCGUUGCCGAAAUUUGCACGCUGCUCGACGGCGAUCAGAGGAUGAUCAUUGUUAUGACCUGAACUAUGUAUGUUGAGUGCUCAAUCCGUUUUAUGCCUUUGCUUAACAAGGAUCUUUGGUUGCAGUGUCCCCACUAAUGAAACGGAGCAAGAUGCUGCAAGCUGCGGAACGACCACCUCACGGGCCGCAAGCAGUUCGUCAAACGGUUCUACAGGAGCAUCUCGUUAAGGCCAACAACCUGACUGCUUAGAAAUGAUAUUUCUUAGAUGAAGACACCACCACCACGACCACAGCGAGCAAUACAACUACUCUAGUACAAAUCGCCGCUUCCGCUCUGCAAGUCGAGUAGGAAGAGCACUACGUCUGACGUAGUAGAGUCUGGAACCGGAAGUAGAUGUUUUUGAGUCUAAGAGCAAGACGCAACUGGAGCGAGCGCAUCGCCAUAUUCUGAAGCCGAUUGGCAUAAAUGGCUUGAAGGCUGGACUGCUGCCCCAAACGACCGACCAUCCGCGCAUCUUCAGGAUAUGACUUUGUCUUCUAGUUUCGACAUUGACAAUUCCAUGACAUUGAAGUAAGUGUGAAGUGAAAAUUAAUGUGACGACGAGCACCAGGACGAGCAACAGUUUGCAAGUACGUUCAACACGCGGCUGCAUAGGAUGUGUGAACAACGAAUGAGUCCUGUAGCUGGUUUUUCUUUUUUUGUGAUCCUCCUCUAUCUCUAUCUUCAUGUUACGGCCAGCACAUGAUCUUCAACAGCGCAAUGGCGGAUCAACAGACGGGAGUCGUGCCAUGGGAGUCCGUGAUGUAUUCGCGAUGGCGAAGAUUUCCGAACACGCUACUGCACCUGGCGGCAUUAUUAGUACAACGGGACCGGAUAAAAGAAAGGGGGCCAGCAUGACGGGAGCUUCUGCGAGAAUGUCUUCGUCAAGCUCAGCUGCCGUUGCUUUCCCGGGCAGCGUUCUCGAUUCAUCUACCACUCCUUCAGGAGGUUUGGACGAUUUGUGGCGAAGUCUAGAGUCUUGGACGAGUGGCACUUCUCCGUCUUCAAGCCUGCAAGCCAAGCCUUCAAGCCAAGCGGAGAGAAAUUGCCGAAGUAUAGAGGAUCCUCUGAGUGCAGUCCUGGGCGGCUCCGUCGUCCGUACUGCUAGUUACAUAGGAGGAGGAGGAGGAGUUGUUGCGGUGAGUGGCAAUGGAGGUGUAGUGAACACAUCUGGCACAGCAGGAGCGCAUCAACUUGCCACUGCGUCUGCCUUGGCGCCAUCCUCAGCGACGAGAUUGGGCCAGGGACGCUCCCCCUUUGAUGCGUCUCUCUUACCGUCGCUUAAAAGCCACAAAACUUCGGACCACACUAGCGCUACCGGAGGAGGCAAUGCCGGAAACACUUUCAACCUGUAAGGCGAAUACAGCUGAAGUCAAAGGUAAUCAACGUCGAGAGUUUGAUUUCGAAGUACAUCACAAACCUCAAAUUAUCAACCUUAGUGUUAGUUAGUACUAACAGUAGUACUUCUACUUACUACACGAUCUAAGGAACUUUGUUAACUUGAAAAAUGUCGUACGAAAAUGAAAGAAGUCUUUCUGAGUCAUUCACACGCACCCUCUUCCAUGUCCUUGACUUCUAGCAUGAUUAUUGAUGUGCGUGAUUCAUGCUGACACUCUUUCUUGUCCUCUGUUCAUGAUAUUGGAUCAAUAGGAGCGUUGCUUUCGUCGACGACACCCGCUGCUCUCGCGAAUGGUGAAGUGGCGCACGGCGGCCUCAUUACCGCUCCACCUGGAAUAUCCGCCGGUGGUCUUGCGCAGGUCUUGCAGCCUUCCGGUGCUUCAGCUCCUCUGGUGGCCGGAUUGGCUCAAUUAAGGCCUGAGGAAAUCCAUUUUCCCCAGCAUCUGGGUCUCAUUUUGGAGGGAAAAUGGGCACCAAGAUGCUGACCGCGAUGGAUUUCUGCAAGUUCUAACUGAAGCUGGGGCAUCCGACCCGCGUUCGAGCGAGGACCAAGCUUGGCAGCAGUACAUGGAAAUAGUAACUGGGACAGCUGCAGCUGGAAUCUAGAUUAAGGCUCCCACAAUUCAUCUUAAGAAGCAUCUUACUUUGGAAUAUUUUCUUUUUCAAGAAAUAGAAAGGUCGAAGAUGCCGCUUCAAGAUGAAUAAAGGGAAGGUCUAACUAGAAAAUGCUCUUUGCUCCUCUUGUUGUUUUCCUCAUGCUCAUGGCUAGACUCGAAGUUCUUUGCCCGAGAAGUCGUUUAUAAGUCCGGAACUUUUUUUCUUUUUCAUCGAUGUCUACAAAAAACGUGUAGACACAACAUUUCUAAUUAUCUAUUGACAUACACAUAUGUAGAACCCAGAUGGUUGAGGUUGAUCUGGUGCUGGUGGCUGCUCGUGCUUCUGUCUACCUGUGAUACGAUCAGUAUUCUGGUGUUUGUUAUUAUGGGAGAGGUUGAUCUUGAUGUCGUGCUGUAGUUCUUGUGUUUCAUGUGAGCAUCUUACAGUCUGCAGCUCGAUGAGUUCUUCAUUCAUUGUGUGCGUAUGCGUUUUUGACCACGACGCUGAUCUUGAUGUUUACUCUAGUAUCUUCCUUGUCUACAACUACGUGCCAUAACCCAACGAAUUCUUGUGCCAUAAUGUUUCUAAGGGACUCGCCUUUCGCGAUACGUAUCAAUCACAAAGCUACAUACGUCACAUAGUAACGAAUAUUUGUCAACAUGUAUAUCUACCUAUAUUCUUCGAUGUAUGAGCUGGCCUAACUUCUUCCAUACUCAACAUUGUUCUUCUGACUACGCCUGACGCCAUGACUCGCACGGAGAAAGGAAGCGACUCAAUAGGUACAGCAUUCUUGUUACUACACACGUUGUCACGAACCCACUGCUUUCUAUCUGUCGUAAGUAGUCGAAGCUAUGAAGACCUUGGGUAACAUGGAUUUUUAAUACCUGUGGAUGGCAGAAUCUAAUCCCUGUCGUCCUGCUUCUACAAUUUCAAUUGAAGCUUCAUCUGUCAGCACUGUAAGCAUCGACGAUGCAGCAGUUGGAAUGCGUAAUGCAGAUGCUUCAUAACAUAUUUAAUCAGCAAAAUAACUAUCGUGGCAUAGCACGCAGAUUUUUUGAAUGAUUUAUUUCGAUGUAGGACCGUCUUGCCUUUGCGUAAGGUGCUAAAUGGUUUCCACUAUAAGCCUUGGCAUCUUUCAGAGCAAGGAAUAUAACGUAUGUAAUUUUUGCGAAAACGAAAUAGGUAUUUUCUAUGAGAUAAACCAGCGAGUAAUUCAAUAUAAAGAUGUUGCAGGGCUCCGGGCUGAAGGCCCCCCGAUCUAAAUUUUUGAGAAGGAGGGCCUCCAGCCCCGGGCCCUUUUUCUCGAGGGACUGCCGGGAGGGAAGGCCGCCAAGCGCCCGCCUUCGCGCCCUCGCGGCUUCGUGCGUGGACCUUACAGAGCCCAAGCCCCUGAGGCCGUUCAAGCACCGACGGCCGAGGUUGGAAGGCUUCUGAAGGCGGCAAAGGUGGCAAGGCUUGACCCCCUUGCCGUGUAGCGUGUACCCUACAGAUCUCCCGCGUGCGGGCUCCUCAUUGGGGGAGUUUCUUGGGGGGUGGAAGGCCUCCGAUGGCAGCAGGUGGCAAGGCUUGACCCCUUUCGCCGUGCUGCAUGUAUCCGACAGAACCCAGGCGGGCACGCUUUGCCCCCACUCCUCCUCGCCUUUGGUCCUCAGCCGAACCCCCUGGGUGUUUGAUGGCGGCUGACGCUACCACCAAUUGGGGGGAUGAGGGCCAAAGGGGCCAGGCCUCGCGACCGUGGCCGCCUUUGUCGGCCUUCUGCCCCCGGAGGCGGUCCCGUUGCUAGGAUCUCAGAGUCGGGACGCCUGUGGGGUACACGCGGAGAGCCGCCAGGGGACUCCGGCUCCGCCUUUUGCGGACUUCGUCACCGGGAAAAGUCCUCACACGUCACCACCGCGGAAAAGAGGGCACGCCGACGCCGCCACAGGUCCAUCCACAGGGGGGCCCUCCCACUCCUUACCUGGUACAUGUAUAACAUUUUGUUUUCAACUGUUGUCUGAUAUCUCUAUGUCAGUCAGUUUUCGUCAUAUCAGCAUCAUACUCGUAAGUAUUUAUACUUCCUAUAUGUAUAUUUUGUUCAUCAGGCAGCAUCUUCAGAGGUCGUUGUCAUAUAACGACAUCCAACCGUAGUGAGUCCAUUUUUCAUUUCGAGAUAUGAAUAUCUAGUUCCACUAUGCAGUGUGUAUUUGCCCGUCUGUUCUUUCGUCCGUUAAUGUGUCCUCCUUCUGACGGCGUUGAUGUUGAUGCAUGGCAAAGAACUGCUUCCCGGUGAUCGUGUCUACGUGUGACCGGUUUAGUGACCUCUACGGUGACUAGCACUAGCCACUAGGACGGUCGUCAUUUAUCAUAUCACCAUGACCUCAGGUGAAGAACAAGUACUCUCGGCCGAUGUCUCCUGUCAUUUUUAUCCAAACUGAACGCUCUUUCAUUUCCUAUAAUCUCCACCGCGAUAUACUGUACUAAAGAGUAUUUCAUCUUUAUCUUCGUCUGCAUGGCCAAGGUCGGAUAAUGAUGUAGUCGUCGAUCCAAGUUUGUGUUUGUUGUAUCAAAAAUGAUGACCCGUCUCGUGUUGUGCCAUUUGGGAAACGGGGACCAUCAUUGUUGAACAAGGCAGAUCAUGAGGUAUUGAUUGAGCAAAAGAAUCCGACCGUGUUUGACACGAUAGGCAUCUAUUCUUUUCACG